AUGGACGAGAGAAGGGUCCGUUCUGUUGUUCUUUUUGUUGUUCUUCUUUGCGUGUUGGUGGAAGGGAAUAGGAAAAUUGCAGAAACCUUUUUCAGCGAUGAAGUGCCUUGGAAUAUUCAGGAGAUAGAUGAAGAUACGGCAGAGCAGGUGUGGGUUCAUUGCAGGAAAGAAUUGAAAGAAAGUACAGAAGCUGUUGAAAAUUUUGAUUUGUAUCUCCCACAGGCAGCAACGAAUCCUACCGAUAGCUUAAAAUCGGAAGUAGCAUUGUUGACAAAAAGAAUCAUACACAAGGUCAUCACUGAUCUGCGUCCUGAAGUCAAACACAUUAUUGGGGAUUGCUUAAGAAAGAAAAAUCUACUAUCUCAUAAUUCUGGGAAAGAGGAUGUGUCUAAGAAUUGGUUCAUCAAGUGCCAGGAGCUGCUUUUUGAUUGGACCAGUGUUCCCAGAAGGUGCCUGGUAAGUAAACAGAGUCAACAUUUAGCACCGAGUCCUGCUCAGGCCCGGAGGAGAAAGCAUCACCAUUUUGUGGCAAGCCCAGCUCCAGCUCCAGGCCCUGCAACAGCAUCACCAACUUAUGCUCCAGCACCAUCUUACCCGGUGCCUGCAAGCUCUCCGUCUCCGAUUUCACCCUCCCCUGUUGAGGCUCCAGAACCAUCUCUUCCACAAGAUCUCAAUGACUCACCUCCACCUCCAGCUGUCUUUUUCCCUCCCCCAAGACCACCUGAUGGUCCACAUAUUCCUUCACAAAAGAACAGAAACAACCCAAAAUAUACCACUGCUACUAUAGCUGCAUCCUCAGUGGCAGCAGUUGCUCUUAUUGCACUGUUCUUGCUUUGCUGCCUCAAGGGUAGCAAGAACAAAAUCGGUCCCAGAGAUGGGCAAAGAGAUGAGAAACCUCUACUUAACAUAUGCUCCAGUGAUCUCUCUGCUGGUUCUUCACAGAAGUCUCUUAGUGUAGGAAAUUCAAAUAACAAAGAUUUCAGGACAUCGUCCAUUGUUAACAAUCUUUCCAUCUCAGCUGAUAUUCAUAAGUCUUCUCUGGGCGAAGAUCAAUCAUCAGAAGCUGCUGUAGGUGCAUCCGGAAAUACCUCGGCUUCAUUACCACUUCCUCCUGGAAAAACUGCUCCUCCACCUCCUGGACCUCCUCCUCCUCCACCCAAACCUCCAGCCCCUAGCCCUCCUCCGCCUCCAAAGGUUGGUCGCCCUCCACCUAAUCCACCAAAACCUAGUAGUUUGAAGAAGCCUUCGCCUCUCGGACCACAUCAUCAGGGAAGUUCUUCUUUGGGGGAGGGGAAUGACUCACACGCUCCAAAAACAAAACUAAAGCCAUUCUUCUGGGACAAGGUUCUUGCCAAUCCUGACCACUCAAUGGUGUGGCAUGAAAUUAAAGCUGGGUCAUUCCAAUUCAAUGAGGAGAUGAUUGAAUCUCUAUUUGGGUAUGCCUCUGUGGAUAAGAACAAGAAUGAGCGCAGGAAAGAUGGACCAUCUUUUGAUUCUCCCACUCAGUAUAUUCAGAUUAUUGAUUCGAAGAAAUCACAGAACUUAUCGAUUGUCCUAAAAGCGUUAAAUGUGACAACUGAAGAAGUCUGUGAUGCCCUCAAAGAAGGUAAUGAGCUUCCCGUAGAGCUCAUUCAGACAUUGUUGAAGAUGGCUCCUACUACAGAUGAAGAACUCAAACUUAGGUUAUAUAGUGGGGAUCUUUCUCAACUUGGCCCUGCUGAACGGUUCCUCAAAGUCUUGGUUGACAUUCCUUUUGCUUUCAAACGGCUGGAAUCACUGUUGUUCAUGUGUUCACUUCAAGAGGAAGUCUCUUCCAUUAAAGAGUCCUUUGCAACUAUAGAGGUGGCUUGCAAGGAGCUCAGAAACAGCAGACUUUUCCUGAAACUGUUAGAGGCAGUUCUCAAAACUGGCAACCGCAUGAAUGAUGGUACUUUCCGUGGUGGCGCUCAGGCAUUCAAGCUCGACACACUCUUGAAACUGUCAGAUGUAAAAGGAACUGACGGCAAGACCACACUCCUGCAUUUUGUGGUUCAGGAGAUCAUUCGAUCUGAAGGCAUACGAGCUGCACGUAGACUACGAGAGAGCCAGAGCAUGUCUAGUGUAAGAACAGAGGAUCUUGUUGAGGAAUCUACUCAGGAAACAGCAGAGCACUAUCGUGGCCUUGGUCUUCAGGUGGUUUCCGGGCUAAGCAAUGAGCUUGAGAAUGUAAGAAAAGCAGCACUCAUAGAUUGUGAUAUCCUACAGGCAACUGUGUCCAACCUUGGCCACUUGCUUUUGAAAAAUAAAGAAUUUCUAAACACCGAGAUGAAUAGUGAGGAGCAAGUCAGCGAGUUCCAUGAUGCACUUGCUAGUUUUGUGCAGCAUGCGGAAGGUGAUAUCAUGUGGCUGCUAGAAGAAGAAAAGAGGAUAAUAACUUUGGUGAAGAGCACGGGCGAUUACUUCCACGGGAAUGCAGGAAAGGAUGAGGGCUUGCAUUUGUUCAUGAUUGUUCGUGAUUUCUUGAUAAUUGUAGAUAAGGUAUGUAAAGAGGUGAGGAACUCAGCAAAAAUGCCAAUGAGAAUUCCCAGAAAAGAGGCUCCAUCAGCAUCGCCUUCUCAAGAAUCUCGUCAGCAGUCUUUGCCAGAUAUCCACCAACGACUAUUUCCAGCAAUUAGGGAGCGGCAGAGCGAUGAUUUCAGUUCAGAUGAUGAAAGCUCCUCUCCUUAGAUUCCAGUUCUAACAGAAAUAUCAGAAUUUGUAGAUUGGAAACAUGUCUGUUUAUCAUCUUUCUUCUUUUUUAUUCCUUUUUUUUUACGGUUAAGUUCUUUUUUAUUCUUUUUUGUUGAUGGAAGAUGUUUUUCUGGAUGCAUGUGAACAAUUUGAGUGUGCUUUCG